AUGCUGACCAGCCAAGCUCUCCAAUUAAUUACCAUUCCGCAUCGCCCAGCGGCCAAUGCUGAAAUCGGGCGAGAUCUUGCGCCAGCUAUUUCAAUACUCAAGAAGGCACCUGGGCUAAAGUCCUUCUGGAGCGGCAGAAAAUUCGAAGAUCGAUAUACAAAAGUAUAUCUAGCUCUGUGGGAAAACCUAGAGUCAUCCCAUUCUUUCUUCACAAGCUCUGAAUAUGCAAAGUUCCACAGUGUCAUUCAACCAGCUCUGAAUGGGCGCAAGGUCACAUGGACAUCCCACGCGCUCAUGGAUCACUCACCCCUCAGUGACCAUCCACAUCUCUCAGACGCUCUGAAGUCGCCUGCUAUGGAGGUUGCGUUGACGAAAGUGGUUGAAGGUGGUGUGUCGGGUUAUUACUCUCAGUUUAACAAGGUGGUUACUCGUGUACUCGACGAGGAAGAUGGAUGUAAGGGCUACUUCAUCAGUCCUCUUAUUGAGAAUCCUGAAGAUCAACUACUAUUGAUCAACUGGGACUCUGUGGAUGUGAGUAGAGACACUGAAGCCUUGUUGGCUAUUUCUGUUUUGAAGGAACUUGACUAA